AUGGUCUCCUUCACCGCCCUCGCCCUCCUCGCCACAACCGCCAUGGCCGGCCCCGUCGCCCGCCAAAUCGCCAUCCCAGAAGGCUGGACCUGGCAAGUCGAGAACUGGGAAGCCGGCUGCUCCCGCCAGGGCUGCUACUACAACUUCAACAUCACCGUGCCGAGCGUACCGGAAGGUCCCGCUGGCGUCAAGGCGUACUGCCACGGCUACGAGCAGGGUUACGACCAGAGCUUCAUGAUUCCUUCUGCGUACGAGAACUGCCAGCUGCUUGAGGGUGUCAACAACGGUGUUGCGGCUAGGCUGUCUGAGAGGGUGCACGAUGGUCAGGGUCUUGGACCUAAGGAGAUUGAGGUUAGCUUUGAGUAUGCGGCUUAUGGUGACCGCCCUGCGUACAACUUCUCUGGUACCCACGAGGCCAGGUACAACCAGUUUGUCACCUACCCUCUCAACUUCACCAUUACCCCUACCAAGGUCUUCGGUAUCGCAUAG